GUCGACACCAGCCGACCACAGCCAACACUGACUCAAGAUGCCUUUCAAGCCACACUACCUGUUGGUGUCCCUGACUCUCUGCUGGUUCGUGGCUCUUCAAGCAUUCCCCAUGAACGGCUGUGCUGCAUGUCAGAAGUGUCGCUGCAUCCGGACGUCCUCUGCUUUCAUCUCUCCUCGGCUGUUCCACAGGAUAGAGAUCCUACCUCCAGGUGCCCACUGUCGUCAAACAGAGAUCAUCGUUACCAAGAAGGACAAAGCCACCGUCUGUGUGGCUCCAGAUGCAAGGUGGAUCAACAAAGUCAUUGUCAAGUUACAAAGUACCAACAAGAAGAAGAGAAGUGCAGAACUUCCCAUCUCAACCACCAUUGAGUGAAUUGGAAAAGGAAUGUAUCAAGUUGGAGCUAAAUGGACAUGUGAUACCAAUGUAAUGCCAAUGUGAUGCCAAUGUGAUGCCAAUGUGAUGCCAAUGUGAUACCAAUGUGAUGCCAAUGUGACACCAAUGUGACACCAAUGUGACACCAAUGUGACACCAAUGUAAUGCCAAUGUGAUACCAAUGUGACGCCAAUGUGAUACCAAUGUGAUACCAAUGUAAUACCAAUGGAUUCUAUUACCAAGUGAUUCCAAUACCAAGUGAAUGAGUUUAUCUAUCAUUUCAGGAUGUAUUGAAUGUGAUUAUUUCAUGUUUUUUUAAAUCAUGUAUUGGGUCUACCCCCGAAAAAUAAACACAACCUAUACAACA